UACAUUCUAUGAGCUUUUUACUACUCAACUGUUUCAGGGCGCGCAGGAGGACACACCUAAAAAACAGAGAAGUCCCCUACAGAAACAAACCAAUACGUCUUGUGCGGCUUCUUCUGCCGCCCAGCUGGAGCUCCUUCGACAGAAAAGUGUGUUUUAAAGUAAAAUUCUACUAUAUUAAGAAGCUCAGGCUCAUGCCCACUAACCCACAGCUGUGAGGGAUCGGAGGCAGAGAGAAACAUGGAGGAGGGGGAGGAGGAGCUCAUGCGCGAUUUGGACCAGUCAGAAUUGCCAGUAAGGUUGUUGCCCCGUGUGCGGACCAUCAUGGCCGAGCCGGACUACAUGGAUGGAGACUGCGAUGAGCUCAUUCAGCCCAAAAAACUCAUCAAUCCAGUAAAAACCUCCAGGAACCACCAAGAUCUCCAUCGAGAACUCCUUAUGAAUCAGAAGAGGGGUCUGGCUCCACAGAAUAAGCCUGAACUCCAAAAGGUGAUGGAGAAGAGGAAGAGAGAUCAAGUGCUGAAGGCUCAGCUGGCAGAGCAAGAAGCUCAUAAGAAGCACAGUGACCUGGAGAUUGAGCUCAUGAAGAGACAGCAGAAACUUGAACAGUUGGAGCUGGAGCAACAGAAGAUGGAUGAGGAGCAGGAGAACACGCCAGAAUUUGUCAAAAUGAAAAGCAAUCUAAGAAGAACCAAGCAGGAGGCGGAGGAGCAGGAGCGAACCACUUAGACACAUCUGGAUGGAUUUGGAAGAGGUCCAUGGCACAUGAUGGCAUGGCAACUGGACUGCAGUUUAUGGGGAUUUCCAGGUUUUCCUGCUCCCUGUUUUCCUGUGAAAAAAGUGACCAUGUUUGGUUCCUAUUGCCUGCUUGCACACACGACCAGUAUUCACUUGAACCUCUUUACGCUGAACCCUUGCAACAAACGUGGAGGUUGAAAGAAAAAACACACGAGAUCCCAGACAAGCCGACGCAGCCUCGUCUUCACCAGCUGCCGGAGUUUGGUGAACUUGUAUGGCAAGAUGAACAGAACCUACACAGAGUCUUUCCAUUUGUUUCUCUUUACUUUCUCUUACUUACUCUUUUUUUUUCUUUUGAAAAACUAAAACCACUCAAAACAUUUUUUAAGUAUUUUUUUAACUCCACAUGGUUGAAAUGGGACACUGGAUGGACUCUUGUAAGCCAAAAUAAUAAUUGGUUUCUGUUUAGUUUUGUCUUGGGAUUAAGAGGGUCUUCUAAGGACUUUCUGGUUGAUGAUCAAAACAAAAAUGAAAAAAAAUAAAUAAAUCACAUAAUUUCAAUUUUGAAUUCUUCUCAGUACAACUUUCAAAGAUUUGUUGUGUGAUGUACAGAGCUUGCUUGCCGUUUUGUUAUUUUCCAUAUUUGUGCGCUCAUCUCUUUUAAGCAAUAGUAGAUCUAGGUUCAUGUGUUUCAGGGUUGUUGUUUUUUUACAUAAACUAUUUGUUCGGUAUGUUUAUAGAGUGAUGUGUUAAAGCACUCUAUAUAUUUUCCACAACUGAAUGGCAGUUAUUUGAGUGAGAGAAGCUCUAGAAACAAUGCCUUUGUUUGUUAGUUCAGUGUUGAUGAUUGAGAAUUUAUGUAGAUUUGAGCCAAUAAUGAACCGGUAAUGCUGUCUUUAAAUGUUAACCCUCUUUUAAUAAAUAUUAUUUUGUCAUGUUA